AUGGUUGCCGGGCUCAAAUCCGUGGACUACGAAACCCGUCUCGCGACGCUGGAUUCCAUUUUCCCUGGAGUAACGUCGCCUCCGAGGGGACCUAAUUCUUACUUAUGCCUGUUUGAACAAAGCUUGCUAUUGGCGCUGGGGCUGGCUGCAACUCCCACGCCAUAUAUUCUACGAGCCAUCACUUCUGGGUCACCAGACAUGAAGAGAGGAAGCCAAACGCCUUUACCACUAAGGAUGAAUACUCACCUAGCGCGUAUGCAAUAUGAACAGCAAAGGCAAGCUGGUGAGAUGCGCCGAAACGGCAGCCAGUCCUCAUUCAAAUCGGGAGAUCCACAACGCCCGGCGUCUGUCUCAUCCGCACGUGUGCAAGAACCAACUGGUUCCAUACUCUCAGGUUCCUACAUUUCGAACUCCCGCUCCCAUCUCGGGGGCGCCGCAGCUGCAGUCGCCAGGACCUAUGAAAACGUGCCAGGCAGUUCGAGGCUUCUUGGAUUCGCCAGACCGGCAUCUUCGACCGGUUUAAAUGCACAAUUCCAACGCGCUGGUAGCAUGGCCAGCUAUCCUCCGUCUACGGUGCUCGGAAAGUCUACCUUAGGGGGACAGUCAUUAUACGGGAUGAGUCAGCUGAGACUCUCACGCAGUUUGAAGGCUUCAAAAGCUUCCCUGGCUACCUACAAGAGUGGUCGGACGACAAUCCAAGCUGAACAUCAUGACCGGAAGGUUCAACGUGAAAUAAACUCCAUCAAGUUUGGAAGGGCCCGAAAACUGUACUGGAUUGCUGUUGCCUGUUAUAUAAUGUUUCUGCUAGUGCUUUUUCUGGGGCUGUUGAUCACUUGUCUACGACAUAUCUACAUGAACAUUAUCCUAUCCAUGGAUGUUGGAGAGAUGACUGGUCCACUAUUGAUAGCCGGUUCCUUCCUGUUCUUCGGCCUGGGGAUGAAAUUCUAUUACGACGCUUAUAAGCUUGGUUGUGAGGAAAGGAGGCGCGUUAAGUACAAGGCCGCUAGUCCAUCUACGGUGGCUGUCACAACCGUUACCGAACGCGCUGCAGACACCGAAGAGAAACUGGUCAGCGGACAAACUUCCAAAAAUGCUUUAUCGCGCGUGCCGAUCGGAUCUCGAACAACAUUAGUGGUGCCUUGAUCGUGCAAAAUUAACGACCUGUUCGAAGAAAACCAAGAAAGAGAGGUUUGUCAAAUGCCCAAGAGGAUACGGUGCCGAUUUGGUCGUGAUCAAACCACUGAUUUCCUAU